GAUACCUUCGAAGAUGGUGGACGGUGGUCAUUACGUGACGACAAAGAUGGCCAAUGCCGUGGGCAACACUGUCAGGCCGUUGGGACCUAUGAAGGAAAUCGUAGACGCAACCGGCAAUACCGUGUCCAAAGUUAUGGGGUCCACUAGCCGCCUGCUGGGAAAGAAMGUGAAAUCGCCGAAAGAAGUCAUUUUUCUGUACAGCCAUCCACUAAAGCAACUGGGCACGUCAAAAGUGUACCAAGAAAUGGUGCGGACGGUCAUAGGAUAUGCACUCAUCAACGUGGUACUGCACAAGGAUGAAAUGAAGGAAUCGGAUGACACGUCAGUGAUCCUGGAUAACAUGCCCGUGCUCCAAUCUGUAGUGGACGAACUCGAGAGUAUAGGGGCCUCAGACGAUGACAUUGACGAUAUCAUCAAUGUGUUGGGCCGCAAUGGCAAACAGGAUCUGCCCGUCCAGAUCAAAUCACAGGUAUUUAAUGCCUAA